AUCUGUGGUAAAGCGAAUGGAGUACGGCGACCUCGGCCAUGCAACCUGCGUAUGCGCCGCCGAUAAAACUGAUUUAUUUAUGUGUAAAUAAACAAAACAAUACUAUAAAAUAUUAUAAGAGAAACCCUUAAUUUUUUUAGUAAUAAAAUCAAGUUAAAGCUUUAAAAUUGUUUUAAUGUGUAUUCUUUUGAACAAUGGCAGAAGCUUGUAGGCUUGGGACUAUAACUGAGAGAAAGACUGCAUGCACUCAAGAUGAAAAUUACUGUGUUUUUAACGUUUUAAGUGUUUUUAUAUCACUUGUGUGUAUACUUGCUGAUUUAACUACAGACAUUUUAGUAUUUGCUGAAUAUUGUAAAGGUGGUUAUUUGUACUGGGCUUUAUCAACAUUGAUAUUUAUCUUGUCUCCUAAUAUUUUGAUAAAUAUUUUCUCAAUGAGAUGGUUUAUUAUUGAUCAGCAAUCAAACCUACGUCACUGGAUUACACACUGUUGUCUUGUUGGAUUAUUGGAAAGGUACAUAAUAUUCCUUCAGAAAGUUUUCUCCUGCAAAAACUUGGAAUCAAUUAAAACCCAAAAAUUAAUAAGUCAAAGGAAUGACUUAAGUUUGUUGCAUUUUUUGUAUAUCUUCACUGGGACUGUGCCACAAAUGAUAUUACAAACAUAUGCAAUAGUUAUGCUAAAUGAGAAUUAUCAUACAAAAGUAUUUGCACUAGUGGCUUCAAUAGCAUCUGUCAUAUGGGGCUGUGUAACAUAUAUAUACAGCAUUGCAUCUUUCACUAGUGAAAACUUUAAAUGGAGUUCAAUUUUACUAAAAUUGACAUGGCACUUUGGUAUAUUGGUGGGUAGAAUUGCAGGUGUUUUAUUGUUCACCUUAAUAUUUGGAAUAUGGACACUAAUUCCUUUAGGUCUCCAUUGGUCUGCUAUGACUUUCUGGAUUAUCACACAAAAAACAACUUUCUGUCCAAAUAAAUUUGAGGAGACAUUUUAUAAUGCUGUAAUGGGUUUUGUUUAUUGUUUCUGUUAUAUCAAUUUAAGAGAAGGUCAUACAAGAUAUAGAUUGUUGAUGUUUUACACGCUUAUUGUGACUCAAAACUUUGGAAGUUUAUUCCUAUAUGUUUUGAUAUCAGAUUUUGAAAGACAACAAAAGCCAUGGUCAAUUGCUGCAACUGUGUGUGUAACUGCUGGUACAGUUAUUGGGAUGAUUGCAAUGAUUUUAUACUACAGAUAUUUUCACUCCAAAGGCCCUAUUCCUUGGAAAAAUGCACAAGAUGAUGUUGAAUUAAAUAACAAAGUGAUACCCCAAAAUUCUGAUAAGAAUAACAAGAGUCAUGGCCUGAAUCAUGUUAGAUCAUUCAAAAGUGCUAAUAAAAUCACCGAGACAAGAAAUGAUAAUGUAAUAGCGCCACAAAUACCGCAAAACGAUAGUGAUACAGCUGACAAAAAGUUCCUAUUGGACCAUUGGAUUGCCAGAUCUGGGUCACCUACCUUUACUUCAGCUCCAGUUGGAAAUUUAAGUAUGGAUGUGUCAAGUAUUGAAAUAUAUACAAUAGAGAAUACACCACAACCAAUAAUAUCUAAAAGAGUAAAUCCCAAUACUGCAACAAAAAUCGCAAAAAAGAAGAUAUUUUCACCCACAGAACUUACACUUAAGUUGUUCUCCAUAAAAAAUUUUGAAAGCUCAAUAGACGAAAUAACUUCGAGUACCCUGAACAUACAAAAACGACGUGGAAUUUGUUCUUCUGAUGAAUUGAGGGAAGAACUUACAAACUUGAAUUUAGAGGCUUGCAAUAUUGUCAAUGAAACUUUUGCUAAAGCUAUUAAGACAGACCGAAGUUCUGAAAUUAGUCAUGAAACAGAUGGAUCUAAUAAAAAAACAUCAUCAGAUUCUAUAGAUAUGGAUUUAGAUUUGAGUUUCAGUGAUAUCAAUAGUUCAGACAUAAAUACUUUCAAUGAAAAUAUUGUUCAGAAACUAUGUUUAAGUGCUUUGAAAAAUAUUAAGGUUGGUAAUCAAGAUGCAGAUAUAGAAAAUAUACAGCGAAUAGCACUUGAUAUACUUAAAGAAAUGUAUACAAAGAAGGAUAAAAUUAAAAAUGGUAUAACCAGAGAACUACUGCAGUCGAAAAGAGAUCUUGACACACCAACCGAAAUUUUAUCUGUACACGAUUAUGAAAACAUAUGUGCUGUCAACAUUGCCAGAGAAGCUUGGGGUCUAAGAUCAUGGAAUGGAUAUUGUGACAUAGAAAAUUGGCUACAUGAUGGCAGUGUAGUACGAGAUAGAAGUCGAGACACGCUGACUUCAGGUAGUUCUGAAAUCAGUAGUUGUCUGUCGCAAGAAUUAAAAAAUGCUAUUUUAGCUGCACCAUCACUUCCUAAAAAACCACAUACUUACUCUAAUGUUUUCGUAAAAUUUGAUAGAAGCCAAGAAGACUAUGUAAACACAAUAAUGUGUCACUCUAAUGAUGAUACAUUCUUAGCAAAACCUUAUGUAAUUGAUUCUAACAAAGACCCAAAUCAUUUAGAGCCAAUUUUAGAAGAACUGGAUGAUUUAGGCGAUAUAGAUAUAUCUUGUAAAAAAAGAUUGAAUUCUGAAAGUUCUCUAGUUGCAACUAUAGAUGAGAUAAGGAAAGCCACUGUAACAAAUUCUCCAAGGAAUUUAUACCAUAGGAGAGAACAUCAGUGGGAUUCACCUCAGUUUCUAUCUUCUGAAAAAACAGCAGAAACCAACCUUAAAAAGUCAAUUUGGAAAGAGCCAUAUAAGUUUGAUUCUAGCAAUAUAAUGGAAUCUCAGCCAGAAAAAGACUGUAUUUUAGAUGUAUCACAUGGUUCUAAAUUUGAAUCAAACAAAAAAGAUUUAAAUGUUCUACCAAUGUCUACAAAGCUAUGUUUAGACAAUAAGAACCAAAAUAAAAAUAUAGUUCGGAGACAAAAAUCGAAUUGCACAAAGACUCAAAAUAAAAAACUGAACACUAAAACAGAGCAGCCGCUGCAUGACCUUUCAAAUAAAGACAUUGACUUCUUAUGGCAACUAGUGUCUGAAAAUUCUUUGCCUCUCAAUUCAGUUGAAGAUCUUUCACUUAGCCGUAAGACACCAUCAUUACAGUCUUUAAUACAAAAAGAAACACCAUCAAGUCUAGUGAAUACAUCAACAUCUAAAGUGUCAAAUAUGAAGAAGAUAGUCAGAAAUAGGCCAAGAAGGAAGUUUUCUAUUUUAAGAGAACGAUUUGAACCAAAAGCAAACAUAAAUUCUGAUGAAGAAAUCUUAUGCCAUUGUUCUGAAAAUGUUCCUCAACAAGAUGAUUCCAAUAUUGUGAAUGUCAAAAAUCAGUUUGAAUCUCUGAAUGACAAAAAAGAUACUUUAUGUUCUAAAAAGCAGCCAAAUACAAUGCCAUGUGAAGAUAACACUAGUUCUAUGAUUGAUACUCAUAUGACCUCGAAAAGUAUAAAGGAAAAGAGAUCUUUAUUUAUGAAACAGGUGCUUAGUCCACCAAGAUUUAGUACUAAGUUGAGACAUAAAGUGUAGUAAAUUAUUAGACAAUUUAUAUAAGUUCCUACGUGGUAAUUUUACAAUUUUACAAAAACUCUUUUAAAAUUACACAUUUAAUCUUUAUGUAUUAGUAUAGAUAUAUAAAUGUGUAAAUUUAAAAACAUUUGUACUUUAAGUCAAUAUGAACAUAGAUCUCACCAUAAGUGUAAUAGUUUUUAAAACAAAUAAUAAUUUACAUAAGCCCUAUAAAACAAUGAUAACAGACUUAAUUUUCUCCUUCAUGGAAAUAUUUUCCAUCAUAAUAUUUUGAAAUACAGAAUAAUGUGAUAAUUGUGUUACUUAAUGAAAAUCUUGAAAUAAUAAGUUUAAAGAUUCAAAAAAUGUGAUCAGAUCUAUAUCACAUUGUUUGAAUCUUUAAACUUACAUAAGUAGUAUAAGAUUUAGUGAAUAGAAACUUGAACUAAUUUUGGUUCAUGAUACAUAUAUUUUUAUAGCAAUUAUAAUUCAGAAUUUUUUAAAAAAUAUUGGAAAAAAUUCUGGGAAAUUUUGUUGACUAAUUGUCUUGCCAAUGUAAGAAUUCCAAAAGUUAUUGUAGUACUGUGAUGUAUGUGCCUUUAUUUUUAUAGCAUUUUUUGCCAGUAUUGUACAUUUUGUUGCUUUUUUAUGUAAAUAAUAAUAAAUAAUAAUGGAAUCACAAA